AUGACCGAGCUUCAGCAUCUUGAACUCAUCGAAUCUGUGGCAGGAUUGGUGAAAGAACUAUGCGCUCUCGACUUUAGAGCCUUUGGCUCACUCUAUUUCAACACAGCGGAAARGCCCACAGGAUCGCUCCCCAUCGAUGAGGAGUACUGCAUUGGUCCACACUGUGGCCGACAAUUUUGGGGUUACAACAAUGACCUAACGAUUCAAGACACGAUUCCCUUGGGUUCGCAAGGUCCAUGGCAAAGCUUGUCUACCUUUUUCGCAGCUCUCUGUCGUAUUAGUAGAGUGACUAUAGACAAACGCGGGUCUCCCGGAAAAACAGUUGAGAAUCAUUCACGGCUUCUGGAAUCGAGCAGGAAGAUCUUAGACGUUGUUGGAGAAUCCACAGCCCUCCAGGAAUACUGCAGCCCUUUGCUGCUCCACCCCGACUUACACGCACGCAAUAUCUUUGUCGACCCAAACGAUCCGACAAAGAUUCUGGGUAUCGUUGACUGGCAGUCUGCUGCAAUCGAGCCUUCUUUUGUUCAUGCUGCAGAAACACCGGAUUUCGCGGAGGAGCCAUUGCUAGACAAGACACUAGACGCAGACGUUCUUCACGACCCUCAUGAGCAGCUACAAGCGCAUGCUCGGCGCUGCAAGAAAACCUGGGCCGUCAUGAUUCUUCUGUGUCCGAAGCUGGGCAAGGCGACGACUCUGAACACUGCUCUCUGCCGCUAUCUCGCCAACGUUAGUUCGGGAUGUUCUAACGAGCCGAUUUUGCUGCGUUCGUUGCUGACGGAUGUGAGUAACGAGUGGAGUGAUCUUGGCCUUCCAGGCGUUUGUCCCUAUCAGCCGAGUGAAGAGGACAUAAAGUCACUAAGUGUGGAGCUAGACCAUUUGGAAUCCACGCAGAGACUGCAGGCGUUUCUUUCGAGACUGCUACGCUGUGAACUAGAUGGCUGGAUUGAGGAAGGAAGAUGGGAUGAAGUCGUCCCAAUCUAUCGAGAGCAGUACGCUGAAUUCGUGAGUGCAUGUAUCGAAAGUCGGGAACAGGAUGAGACGGUGCAACAAGCGGAGGAAAAGGCGAAUAAGCUGUGGCCUUUCGAUCUGAGAUGA